GUGCCCCAUCAUUGGUAUUACUAGGAGGAAUAGUGCCCCAUCAUUGGUAUUAGUGGGAGGAAUAGUGCCCCAUCAUUGAUGUCAGUGAGAGGAAUAGUCCCCCAUAAUUGGUGUCAGUGGGAGGAAUAGUGCCCCAUCAUUGGUGUCAGAGGGAGGAAUAGUGCCCCAUCAUUGGUGUCAGAGGGAGGAAUAGUGCCCCAUCAUUGAUGUCAGUGGGAGGAAUAGUCCCCCAUAAUUGGUGUCAGUGGGAGGAAUAUGCCCCAUCAUUUGUGUCAGUGGUAGGAAUUUUGCCCCAUCAUUGGUGUCAGUGGAAGGAAAAAUGCCCCAUAGUUGGUGUCAGUGAAGAAAUGGUGCCUCCUUGUUGGUGUCAGUGGGAGGAAUAGUACCCC